AAAAGAUGCCAACAUUUCCUAUAAGAACCCAAUUAAACCACUCCCUGCUGCAGGUGACUACUUGAUGUGCUUGGUGGUUUAGUGAGUGAACUGUUCAUUCAAGGCUACUUUUAAAUACAGCGUGAUUUAUUGGAUGGAGCAAUAAAUUUACAUUGCAGUGGCAUGUAAUUUUACUGUGCUAUGGUUAGUUACGUUCUUUUCACAUAGAUAAUCUCUGUAGCCUGUUUCCACUUGGAAGGGCAGGAAGGACUGAUGUGAGGGUUCUUUCACUUUCUUAUGGAUUCCUUUUGUGCUCAUCUUUUUCCCAGGACAAAACAAAUCCUGUCAUCAUCUGACUCAGAGGCAGUGGUACCCCACCUUCAGGAGCCUCAGAAUGUGGAUGAGUUACCAUCUGCCAGUCAGUUUUCCCUGGUGUAUUGGCCACACCAGUAUGAAGUUAUGAGGGACAGAAUUGAGCACAUUGAUUGGAUACCCACCACCCCUGAGCCAUUUUACACUCCAACAGGUUGGGAGAUGAUGCCACCAUACCAAACUCCUGACAAAGGCACUGUGAUUUAUCUUGAAGAAGAAGCCUGCUUUAUGUAUUCCAAAGUGAGAGGCCUCUGCCCCCUGAAGCAGCUCCUCCGUCAGGAAGGGGACACCACCCUGAUCUUCGAAGCACGGUUUGAGAGUGGGAAUUUGCAGAAGGUGGUCAAAGUCAGCAAUGAAUUUGAGUACCAGCUGAGCCUGCGCACCGACCUCUCCACGGGCAGGCACACGCAGUGGUUCUACUUCCAAGUGAGCAACACGCAGGCGGGGACACCGUAUCGCUUCACCAUCGUCAACUUCACCAGGCCCAACAGCCUCUACAAACGUGGCCUGAGGCCACUGAUGUACUCAGAAGCUGAUGCUAAGGAGCACAGGGUUGGCUGGCGAAGGACUGGAAAUGAAAUCAAGUACUACAGAAACAAUGCAGGCCAAGGCAGGCAGCAAUAUUUCUCGCUCACGUGGACGUUCCAGUUCCCUCACGACCAAGAUACCUGCUACUUUGCUCACUGCUAUCCCUACACCUACUCCAAGCUGCAGGAGUACCUGGUGGCCAUCUCUACAGAUGAGGGGAAGUCCAGAUUCUGCAAGAUUGAUAUCUUGUGCCAUUCACUAGCGGGAAACAUGGUGUACGUUCUAACUGUCACCAACCCCUCUAAGAGCGGCGAGGGCACCGAGAGGAAGGCUGUGAUACUAACCGCGAGGGUGCAUCCGGGAGAAACUAACAGCUCCUGGAUAAUGAAAGGCUUUCUGGAUUACAUUCUUGGUGAUUCAGGCAAAGCUCAGCUCCUGAGGGACAAUUUUGUCUUCAAAGUGGUGCCCAUGUUGAAUCCAGAUGGUGUGAUUGUGGGAAAUCACCGCUGCUCUUUAACAGGUCAGGACCUGAACCGCAAGUACAAGUCAAAAAGGAAGAAAUCUUACCCCUCCGUCUGGCACACCCGCGGCAUGAUCAAAAGAGUGAUGGAGGAACGUGAUGUCUUCCUGUAUUGUGACAUCCAUGGUCACAACAAGAAACAAAAUGUCUUUAUGUAUGGUUGUGAGUCAAAGCAGCAUUCAAAAGCACCCCACGUGCAUCCACGUCUCUUCCCACUCUUGCUGAGCAAGAGCUGCCCAGAUAAGUUCUCGUUCCCAGACUGCCGCUUCCGAGUGCGAAAGAGCAGAGAAGGCACAGGCCGAGUGGUGAUGUGGAAGAUGGGCAUCAACAACAGCUACACUUUGGAAGCCUCUAUCUGUGGCUCUAAGUUGGGCUGCAGACAAAUGACUCAUUUUGAUAUGAAAGACUUGGAGUCAAUAGGACAGCAUUUUUGUGAUGCUCUCUUCAAUUACUGUGUUCAUAACAAGGAGGAACACAAGAAAGCAGUGAAACAGCAAGCCAGGGGGAACUCCAAGGUCCUGAAUUCUGAUGUGUUAGCCUGGAAUUCCAGCAGCCAAACUUCUAACAGCUCAGAUUCCUCUGAUCCUGAUGCAGACCAGCUAAAACUGGAUACUAAGAAAAAACCCAAAGCAUCAGGAGAACAUUUUCGCAGCAUUGCUAGGGACAGAGGUCAUGAGAGCAAGGCUGUGAUUAUUUUUCAUCCCAGUAGAAACAUGUUGUGCUCUUUUUCUGACCAAAGACUGAUAUAUGACAACUUAAUUCAACCACUUAAACUUCAGACAAGUAGUUUGGUCACCAAAUGGCAUGCACCCAGUGCUAUUCUGCCUUGUGACUACUUUGUUUUUGUCUUGGGGAACUUAAGUACAAGCACCAAUAAAAUGAAACAUAAGUCACCAAAAAAAACCCCCACCAACAAACAAAAAGACAACCACCAAAAGAAGUGGCAUAGUAGCUGGAAAACUGUGGUUUGUGAAAGGCAAAAAAACAGGCAACAUGCUGCAAGAUACCAGGAGCCAGUUUGGAACCCCAGUUCUUCAGCCACUGAAGGCACAUGAAAGGGUCGCACAUCUGAUUGGCUUAAAGAAUUCCUGAGGCUUUGGUUAUGGAUUAUGACUCUACAGUGGGGGAAUAGAUACCUGCUAAAAGUAAAAGUCUUCUUACUCUUUUCUUUGUCUUCUUUUCCUUUCCUUUUCUUUUUCUUUCUUUUUUUUUAUUUUAUUUUUUUCUCUUUCCUUUUCUAUUCUUCUCUUUUCCUCUC